AUGGUGCAGAACUACUUAGUACAGCUGUCGGAUUCCAAACCGGAGCUGGCAUCACCUUCGCUUCGCUCAGCUCUGCCGCCCCCUUCCUCUUUGCCGCUGUCCCCUUCCAAUUUGCUGAUUUUCCCUUCACUGUCGCCUUACUCAACUUUUUCACCAAAACGCAAUCAACCAAUCAGCGCGCUGGGGCCGUCAGAGUGCAAAAGCGCAGGGGAAGAUGCGCCGUGUGAAAUUUUAAAGAAGUGA